AUGUCACCCGACAGACAUGCACCAACCACUCUUGCAAUAUGCCAAAUCAUUGACAAAAGAUGUUGCUCUGAGUAUGGAGAUGGUGGAUCACUUGGGCCAUCAUCAUCAUCAUCGUCUGACGACACCGUGGGUGAUGUCGUUGAGCUGGCUGCCGUCCUGUUUGUUCUGGUCGACGUACACAAGGUGCUGAACGACCACGAGGACUUUGCCCUUUGA